AUUCGAGGAGCUAGAAAAGAAAAAUAAAACAGACACCAGUAAUCUCAUUGCUGAAAAUGCUGAACUCAGAGACAAGGUCACGAAAUUGGAACAGAAACAGACACAAAGUGAUAGCGGUAAUCCCUGUCCAACCGUAGUUAGUGAGUUUCCCGAUCCCAGUCUUCCAUAUAUGCUCCAGAAAAUAAAUUUUGUUCUGCUUAGCCCCAAAUCGGUCAGAGGAGAUGAUAGUACUCAAACUUUGGUCAUUGAAUCAUAG